AUGGCUUCCGUUGCCCCUGUCGACUCAGCGAUGCAGUCGCCGGACGGCGAGCAGCCGAUCACAACCCCGGCGCCGAUGUCGCGAGAGGCCACUGCCGAUGCCAUCGUCACCCAGCUGCCUCCCCAUCGGAGCCACGACCCCCAGUAUAACAUGAAGAGGAGCGACCCCUUCCAGUUCGGAUCCCGUUAUCUCCAGCAAGACGAUGAUGUCUUUGAGUUCAACGCCUGGGACCACGUGGAGACUGACGACGCCUACAAAGAGUACGCCGAGCAGCAGUACUCAAUGCAGCGAGAGUCGCCGGUCUCCGACUUUGAUAAGUACAGGUUCAACUCCGACCCUGCUAAAUGGUGGAAUCUCUUCUAUAAGAAUAACACUGCCAAUUUCUUCAAGGACCGCAAGUGGUUACAUCAGGAGUUUCCCAUCCUUGACCGUGCUACAGCGGAGGAUGCUGGCCCCUUCACCAUCCUGGAAGUUGGUGCGGGAGCCGGCAACACUGCCUUUCCUAUCCUAGCCAGCAACAAGAACCCCAAAUUGAAAGUGCAUGCCUGUGACUUCUCCAAGAAGGCUGUUGAGGUGAUGCGUAAUCACGAGGCUUACAACGCCGAUUUCAUCCAGGCCGACGUGUGGGAUGUCGCCGGCGUGGACCUUCCCCCCGAUCUACCCGAGAGCAGUGUAGAUGUCGUCAUCAUGGUAUUCAUUUUCUCGGCGCUAUCCCCGACACAGUGGCAGGAGGCGGUCCGCAAUGUCUAUCGGGUGCUCAAGCCAGGCGGCGAGGUAUGUUUCCGCGACUAUGGCAGAGGUGAUCUAGCACAGGUCCGGUUCAAGAAAGGCCGGUAUCUGGAAGAGAACUUCUACAUUCGGGGUGACGGCACGCGGGUAUACUUCUUUGAGAAGGACGAGCUGGCCCAAAUAUGGUCGGGGCCGCUCACGACGCCCGAGAGCGAAGUCAAAGUCGACGAUGAAGCGAUAAAUCCUGUAGAUGCCGAGAUAAAGCGAACAUUAUUUGAUAUAGAAGAGCUCGGCGUCGACAGGCGAAUGCUUGUCAACAGGGCGCGGAAGCUGAAGAUGUAUCGUUGCUGGAUACAAGGCCGCUUUCGAAAGAGAUAA